AUGAUCUUUGCUGCUCGCCAAGUACUCGAGAAAGCCAUCGAACAUCAAUCUGAUCUGUACGUCUUGUUUGUGGAUCUACGCAAGGCGUACGACUCGGUCCCCCGAACAGCGCUUUGGCUCGUCCUGCAGAAACUCGGUGUGCCUCCGAGCAUGCUUCAGGUGAUCCGGUCUCUUCACGAGGGUAUGAUGGCGUCUGUUCGCGUGGGUAGUGGUCAGUCUGACAGCUCUGGGGUGGAGAAUGGUCUACACCAGGGUUGCACCCUGGCUCCGAUGUUGUUCAACCUCUACUUCUCUGCCGUCCUUGCACACUGGCGCUCAACAUCCACAGUGCCUAGUUUCCCGAUGAAACAUCGUAUCGGCCGCAAGUUGGUUGGCGACCGUACUGCCAAGCACAGACUCACAGACUUAUCCGUGUUGGAGUCGCUAUUUGCGGAUGAUGCUGCCCUGUAUACCACUUCGUACGAGCACAUGGAGACGAUGGUGAAGGAAUUUACGCAGUAUGCGUCAGGCUGGGGCCUGACUGUUAGUGUGCAGAAGACGAAGUUCUUGGCGGUCGGUCCGAGUGUCAUCCGUGCUGAUAUUGUGAUGCCUGGCAGUGCUGGUGACGUGAUCGGCGUGGUCAGCGAUUUUACCUACCUAGGCAGUACGAUCAGCGACGAUGGAGAGCUGGUUGCCGAAGUCACGACUUGUCUUGCCAAGGCAUCGAGGGCGUUUGGUCCUGCCACUGAGGGCGAUCCUGGGCGAGCUGCUCUCUCGGGUCUAUCGCUUGGAAUCCGGCGCCAGGUCUACCAGGCCUUGGUUCUUAUAGUGCUGCUGUAUGGUUCUGAGACAUGGACGCUGAAGGCACCCCUCCUGCGCAGGUUGGACACGUCCCAUCGACAGUGUGUUCGCACGAUCCUGAGUGUUACCCGAGACCAGCAGUGGCAGGAACACCUGUCAAGUGAAGACCUGGCGAAGCCCGGCGGCAUGCCAGCCUCGCUGGAGGAGGCCAUUCGUGCGAAUCACCUGCGAUGGCUUGGUCACCUCGCAAGGAUGGACGACACAAGGUUGCCAAAGCAGAUCCUGUUUGCGGAGGGCACUAACAAGCGGCCCCGCCAUGGACCCAAGCGUCGUUGGAGAGAUGUGGCAGCUUCAGACCUGCGUGCGACCGGUAUCCCGGAGGCGCAAUGGUACCACCUUGCUCAGAACCGGAGGGACUGGGGCGAGCGUAGCCGUCGGAAGCCACUAAGCCAGCCCCAACCAAGAGUGUUCGUCUGUUUCUGCGGCCGCGACUUUCGCGGUCCUAAUGAUUUAUCCCGAAACAAGAACUACUACCUUGCCUAA